AGAAGACAACACGGAUGUAGAACUGGGAGAGCGAGUUUCUUUUUAAACAUUCCUUCCUCGUAGACGAAUUGUAGACUACAUAGGUGAAUACAACCUGAGAGGAACAGGCUCUUUUGACAAUAAUAAUACCACAAGUCUACUAACAAUGUCUAAAUUACAGUCUUUGAAUUCGUUUCUUUCUGAGUGUUUGACGGCGGCGACAGUGGAGAUUUUGGGGGCAGUUGAGAAAGUCGUAACUGAGUACCAGGAUGAGAUCUCACGAUCUAAAGAGGAGAAUGAUCGUCUACGGAGACAGCUUGGGAUUACACCGGGUAUACAACUAUGUACAAUAGACUCCCAGCAGCUCUCUCUCCCUGUCUCUGAAGAGGAGUUUCCCCCUGAGCAAAAACACUGUGAGCAGGAGUGGUGCCCUAGUCUGGGACAAGAGGAACCAGGGCACAUACUGAUUAAAGAGGAACUGAGGACCAGCCAGGAGGAAGAGCAGUUUCAAGGGCCGGAGGGUAAUACCAUAGAGUUUAUAUUUAGUUCUCCCUGUGUGAAAAGUGAAUGGGAUCAGGAAGCCAUCAGCCACUGCUCAGCUGUAAUUAGUGACCAAGUAAACAGUCCACCAUUGGAUCCCGAACCAACAUUGGGGGAAUACUGUUCUAAACUCAGUACCAUGUCUAAAAAAUCUCACUGCUGCUGUGACUGCGGCAAAGUAUUUGCUCUAAAAGCUGACCUUCAGAGGCAUGUGACUCUCGCCAAGGAAAGACCCGUUGAGUGCCCCUACAACUCCACCAGUAAACUGAAGGCCCAUGUCCCACUCUGUCACGGUGGAAACCCCUGCCUUGUUUGUGGCAAGACCUUUAAAAACAGAGCACAUCUAUCCCAGCACAUGAGGAUUCAUACACGGGAGAGGCCAUUUAGCUGUGGUGACUGUGGGAAAUGCUUCUAUAGCGAGGGGCUGCUGAAUGUGCAUAUACAGACUCAUAAAGGAGAGAAAGCAUUUAGCUGUGGUGACUGUGGGAAAUGCUUCUAUAGCGAGGGGCUGCUGAAUGUGCAUAUACAGACUCAUAAAGGAGAGAAAGCAUUUAGCUGUGGUGACUGUGGGAAAUGCUUCUAUAGCGAGGGGCUGCUGAAUGUGCAUAUACAGACUCAUAAAGGAGAGAAAGCAUUUAGCUGUGGAUACUGCGGGAAAAGCUUCUAUCAGAAGGGGAACCUAACCCAACAUGUACGUACUCAUACAGGAGAGAGACCAUUUAGCUGUGGUAGCUGCGGAAAGAAAUUCAGUCGAAAAACACAUCUGAACAGGCAUAUACUGACUCACACAGGUCAAAAACAGCUGUUCUGUGUGUGGUAGAAGAUUCACUGGGAAUGCUUACCUGCUGAAACAUGUGGAUAAAGUCCACAAAUGACAAAAACAGAACCAAAACAGAAUGGCGAAAGACAGUGAGGAAACGGACAUCUCACGUCAGAAGAUGGGACUAAAAAUGCAGGAUGUGGACAAAACUCGAAAGGAAAGCAACACCACACUGGAUCAUUCAUGCUGUUGGUUCCAAAUGAAUAGAUAUAGACUGUUUAAACAUUAGCCUGUUAACAAUUAGAUUGUUUUGGAACGUCUGAGCCACGGUGAAGAGAAAAUGAUCAGACUGAUGUUAAUACAGAAAUAAUUUUUUGGAAAGUUAUCGUUGAAUUUGAGUGUUUCUCUAUCCAAUUUGACCUGAUGGUCUAUUCUGACCUAAUGCUGCUCAUCCAUGAUAUUGCAGCAACCUUAAAGUUGAAAUCCAUUGUGGCGAAACUUCCACGUCCAUUUGUGAUAUAACAACAAAGAUGUUGCUUCAAAAAACAGUUUUAUGUUUUUCUCUGACAUCAUUGCAUGCGUGAUAGAACAGCAGAGUAUGUACAGUGGGGCAAAAAAGUAUUUAGUCAGCCACCAAUUGUGCAAGUUCUCCCACUUAAAAAGAUGAGAGGCCUGUAAUUUUCAUCAUAGGUACACUUCAACUAUGACAGACAAAAUGGGGAAAAAAAUCCAGAAAAUCACAUUGUAGGAUUUUUAAUGAAUUUAUUUGUAAAUUAUGGUGGAAAAUAAGUAUUUGGUCAAUAACAAAAGUUUCUCAAUACUUUGUUAUAUACCCUUUGUCGGCAAUGACAGAGGUCAAACGUUUUCUGUAAGUCUUCACUUUUUUGCCCCACUGUACUACUUAUUUUCUUCUUCUUCUUAUUCUUUAAAAAAAACAAAAACAAAAAAAAAUGAUAACAAAUGUGCCUGGGGUGAUCAAUGGUGCUGUUUUUUGAGGAUUUCAGCUUUAACCCAACAUCAGCUUUAACCCAAAAUCUGUUCAAAUACACCCCCAGGAAAAUGACACCUUUUAAAAUAAACAUUUAGAAUAAUCUGACAAGCGAGCACUUAGAUAUGAUAAUUCAUAGAAUGUUUGGGAUGUAUAGUACUGCUUUUGUGAAAAUUCUAUAGCAAUAUAGAGUGGGAAAGCGGCUGAUAUUUAAUAGACACUGCAGUAAAUAAAACAUCUGUCUAGGACCAGAGUUUACGCAGACCGGUGCGUCAUAGCCAAUCAGAGCUAUAGUAAGCCUAUAUGCAAAUAUGUCGUUUGCCACACGGGCCUGCCAUCCUUAACUUUGAACUGGACUGUGUUUACAUGUAAUAGCAACAGUGUGACUUUAGAUCAUUAGAACGUAUUCGCCCAAAAGCCUCAAAAUACACCUGAGUGGAUUUCUGCAAACAUGUAAAUACCACGGGAGUCCUUUUCCAUUUGGGAACUUCACAGUCCUAUUGAUAAAACAACCAUGAAAAGGUAGGCUGUCUCUCCCUCAGUUGCCGAUGCACAUCAACAACAACAAAAUCAACAUCUAAUGCUAUUGUUAGCGAGAUAAAGCUAAAAUCUAACGAGGACACCUUAGAUAAACCCUGUCAAACCUGUUAAGCUAGUUGGCCAUCAAAAUUCCACUGAAACGAUGGGGAAUAGUAGCCUGCUCGUCCUUCUGCAGCUUGCCUGUCAAUGCACGCUUGUUCCAAACCGGGUUUUGACAUCUGAAUGGGAAUUUGCCCGUCUGCCCGCCCAUUUGAUCGACGCCAAAUACGUCAUUUGGUUGACAACUAGGAGAUAUGCUAACUGUGGCUAAGUUCAAGUUCAGCUCAGCUAGCUAGCAAAGCAAUUUCAAAUGUUUUGAAUAACACCCGCAUCUCUAGCUGUAGCCACUGAAAAACAAUGAGGGGGAAAAAGUCAGUCACUCACCCACUCCUACAAUGACAAGACAUCCUCCCAGCAGCUAGCUGGUUAACGUUAGCCUCUGUGUUUUUAGCUUGCUAAAUAAAUAGCUAGCUACAUAAAUGCACUGAACAAAAAUAUAAAUGCAACAUGCAACAAUUUCAAAGAUUUGACUGAGUUACAGUUAAUAUAAUGAAAUCAGUCAAUUGAAAUAAAUAUAUUAGGUCCUAAUCUAUGGAUUUCACGACUGGGAAUACUAAUAUGCGUCCGUUGGUCACAGAUACCUUUUAAAAAAACAAGUAGGGGUGUGGAUCAGAAAACCAGUCAGUAUCUGGUGUGACCACCAUUUGCCUCAUGCAGCGUGACACGUCUUCGCAUUGAGUUGAUCAUGCAGUUGAUUGUGGCCUUUUGAAAUGUUGUCCCACUCCUCUUCAAUGGCAGUGCGACGUUUCUGGAUAUUGGCAGGAACUGGAACACACUGUAGUGCACGUCAAUCCAGAGCAUCCCAAACAUGAUCAAUGGGUGACAUGUGUGCUGAGUAUGCAGGCCAUGGAAGAACUGGGAGGUUUUCAGCUUCCAGGAAUUGUGUACAGAUCCUUGCGACAUGGGGCAGUGCAUUAUCAUGGUAAAACAUGAGGUGAUGAUGGCCUUGGGCCUCAGGAUCUUGUCACGGUAUCUCUGCAUUAAAAUUGCCAUCGAUAAAAUUGGAUUUGUUGUCCAUAGCUAAUGCCUAUCCCUGCCCAUACCAUAACUCCGCCACCAUGGGGCACUCUGUUCACAAUGUUGACAUCAGCAAACCACUCACCAACACGACGCCAUACACGCUGCUUGCCCGGUACAGUUGAAACCGGGAUUCAUCCGUGAAAAGCAAACUUCUCCAGCUUGCCAGUGGCCAUCAAAGGUGAGAAUUUGCCCACUGACGUUGGUUAUGUCACCAAACUGCUGUCAGGUCCAGACUGGUGAGGACUACCAGCACGCAGAUGAGUUUCCCUGCAAACCCACAGUUUCCCCAGCUGUCCAGGUGGCUGCUCUUAGAUGAUCCCGCAGGUGAAGAAGCCGGAUGUGGAGGUCCUUUGCUGGUGUGGUUACAUGUGGUCUGCGGUUGUGAGGCCGUUGGACAUAAUGCCAAAUUCUCUAAAACGACGGAGGAGACUUGUGGUAGAGAAAUUAACAUUAAAUUAUCUGGCAACAUCUCUGGUGGACAUUCCUGAAGUCAGCAUGCCAAUUGCAUGCUCCCUCAACUUGAGACAUCUGUGUUAUUGUGUUGUGGACUUUUAUUGUCCCUAGCACAAGGUGCACCUGUGUAAUGAUCAUGCUGUUUAAUCAGCUUCUUGAUAUGCAACACCUGUCAGGUGGAUGGAUCAUUUUGGCAAAGGAGAAAUGUUCGCUAACAGUGAUGUAAACAUUUGAGAAAAAUAAUAUUUUUGUGCAUAUGGAACAUUUAAAAAUAAAAAAAUUCAGCUAAUGAAAAAUGGGACCCACACGUUACAUGUUGCGUUUAUAUUUUUGUUCAGUAUAGAUACGCUAGCCCUAGGGUGUCAAACUGAAUCGGCAACAGGGCCAAAUGUAUUUAUUUUUAAACAUUUUUUUAUUACAAAACAAAUGUACAACCGAGACCCAAAUGGGCAAUUUUUAAAAGAAUAAAUAUGGCCCUUUAUAAUGCCAAUUUAUGUACAUAGGAGGCUGCUGUAUAUAGCAUUUGAACAUAUUUAAAUAAAAUAUGAAAUAAUA